AGCCCCGUUCCCGAGGAGGCUCGCGAUUGGCCUGCUGGCGUGCUUGCUCCGCCGCGUGGGCCUCCCCGGUGCGCCCGCACCCCGGAGCGCGCGUGCUGUGCCAAGUCCCAGUCCCUCUCACGCUGCCUCCCCAGGCCCCCGCGUAACCCCCGGGGCUCCCCGGGGCUCUGAGUCGGAGACCCGGCGCUUCCCGGGGCUUGUGCCCCGCCCCUCUCCGUGGCCUCCGUGCGGCCCCCGGGAGCCUCCGUUUAGCUGCCCGAAUCGUUAGGCGGCCCUUCGCUGUGCUCGUCAGCCUCCGCCCAGAGAGCACGAGAGUACCCGCGGGCUAAAAUGCGGGAGCCCAGGGCCGAAGCAGUACUUUCGGGUCCCCAGAGCCUAGAUGCCGCCAAGUGAAAGGUGUAGGGGAACCCUUGUGACCUUGGAGAGAGAUCCCACGAGAAACGUGCUUCAGGGUCCUGGGAGUGGGUCUAGGAGCAGAGGGCCCGUCAGGAAGGUGCAGGUAGAGGACUCUGGAGGGGCCACCCUGGAGCCCUAAAGUGGGAAGGGAGCUACGACGAGGUGGGUUCCAAUUGGGUGAGACGAGCAGUGACAAGCGAAGGACAGCUGGCGGUGUCCGUGUGACAGGGGGCCGUCGCCAGACCGUGUGUCUUCUGUCUGAGGGGCUGCUCUCUCGGGGCGUAGGGAAGAGCCUAAGAGACGGGUCACGAGGGGUUCCUACGGAAUCCGCAUGAGGCCCGAAGCGGGACUGCCGUAGGACAUCUCCAGGAGGGAGGCGCAGAGCCUCGGCGGGCCCGGAACGAGCCUGGAGCGCGCCGGAUGGCAGCCGCGGGCUCCUUUAAGAGGCCGGCGGCUCCUGUGCAGCAUCCCCCGCUCAGGGCGUGUCCGUCCCGGGGGGCCAGGGGCGGGGGCCUCGGAAGGAGCGGGAGUUCAAGUCGAGAGGGGACAGGGCUUAGAGUAGGGGGUGGGCGCCGACAGCUGGGGCCGACGCCCGUGCACCUGAGCCUCACGCGAGCAUCGCCGGUGACAGCGCCCCGGGUCCGGUGGAGGGCAACGGGGGGGAGGAGGGAAGGAGGAGGAGGCGGGAGCAGCAUCCGGAGCGGAGCUGCAGCAGCGCCGCCUUUUGUGCUGCGGCCGCGGAGCCCCCGAGGGCCCGCUGCUCCGCACACCUGGCUCCGGAGGCCAUGGCCUGCCUGCACGACACCAGAACACCCUCCCCGUCGUUUGGGGGCUUCGUGUCUGCCCUGAGCGAGGCCUCCAUGCGAAAGCUGGACCCGGACGCCUCAGACUGCACCCCUGAGAAGGACCUGACGCCCACCCAGUGUGUGCUUCGAGACGUGGUGCCUCUGGGCGGGCAGGGCGGGGGAGGGCCCAGCCCCUCCCCAGGCGGAGAGCCUCCCCCGGAGCCCUUUGCCAACAGUGUCCUGCAGCUGCAUGAGCAGGAUGCUGGGGGGCCUGGGGGGGCCACUGGCUCCCCCGAGAGCCGAGCGUCCAGAGUCCGGGCUGACGAGGUGCGGCUGCAGUGCCAGAGCGGCAGCGGCUUCCUGGAAGGUCUGUUUGGCUGCCUGCGCCCUGUCUGGACCAUGAUUGGCAAAGCCUACUCCACGGAGCACAAGCAGCAGCAGGAAGACCUCUGGGAAGUCCCCUUUGAGGAGAUCCUGGACCUGCAGUGGGUUGGCUCAGGAGCUCAAGGUGCUGUUUUCCUGGGGCGCUUCCAUGGGGAGGAGGUGGCUGUGAAGAAAGUUCGAGACCUGAAGGAGACGGACAUCAAGCACCUGCGGAAGCUGAAGCACCCCAACAUCAUCACUUUCAAGGGUGUUUGCACACAGGCGCCCUGCUACUGCAUCCUCAUGGAGUUCUGCGCCCAAGGGCAGCUGUAUGAGGUGCUCAGGGCCGGCCGCCCAGUCACGCCCUCCCUGCUGGUGGACUGGUCCAUGGGCAUCGCCGGCGGCAUGAAUUACCUGCAUCUGCACAAGAUCAUCCACAGGGACCUCAAAUCCCCCAACAUGCUAAUCACCUAUGACGACGUGGUGAAGAUCUCAGAUUUUGGCACUUCCAAGGAGCUGAGUGACAAGAGCACCAAGAUGUCCUUUGCAGGGACAGUAGCCUGGAUGGCCCCUGAGGUGAUCCGCAACGAGCCCGUAUCUGAGAAGGUGGACAUCUGGUCCUUCGGGGUGGUGCUGUGGGAAUUACUGACUGGAGAGAUCCCCUACAAAGACGUAGACUCCUCAGCCAUCAUCUGGGGGGUCGGAAGCAACAGUCUCCAUCUGCCUGUGCCCUCCAGCUGCCCAGAUGGUUUUAAAAUUCUGCUUCGCCAGUGCUGGAACAGCAAACCCCGAAACCGCCCAUCCUUCCGGCAGAUCUUGCUGCACCUGGACAUCGCCUCGGCCGACGUGCUGUCCACGCCCCAGGAGACUUACUUUAAGUCCCAGGCCGAGUGGCGGGAAGAGGUGAAACUGCACUUUGAAAAGAUUAAGUCGGAGGGGACUUGUCUGCACCGCCUGGAGGAGGAGCUGGUGAUGCGGAGGAGGGAGGAGCUCAGACACGCCCUGGAUAUCAGGGAGCACUACGAGCGGAAGCUGGAGCGAGCCAACAACCUGUACAUGGAGCUGAACGCCCUCAUGCUGCAGCUGGAGCUCAAGGAGCGGGAGCUGCUCAGGCGUGAGCAGGCUUUAGAAAGGAGGUGUCCGGGGCUCCUCAAGUCACACCCCUCGCGGGGCCUCCUGCACGGAAACACGAUGGAGAAGCUCAUCAAGAAGAGGAACGUGCCGCAGAAACUGUCACCCCACAGCAAAAGGCCAGAUAUCCUCAAGACCGAGUCUCUGCUCCCCAAGCUGGACGCAGCCCUCAGUGGGGUGGGGCUUCCUGGGUGUCCUAAGGGCCCCCCGUCACCCGGGAGGAGUCGCCGCGGCAAGACCCGUCACCGGAAGGCCAGCGCCAAGGGCAGCUGCGGGGACCUGCCUGGGCUCCGCGCGGCCUUGCCGCCCCACGAGCCCGGAGGCCUCGGGAGCCCGGGAGGCCUGGGCGCGGGGCCCUCGGCCUGGGACGCCUGCCCGCCCGCCCUCCGCGGCCUCCACCACGACCUUCUGCUCCGGAAGAUGUCCUCGUCCUCCCCGGACCUGCUGUCCGCCGCGCUGGGGGCCCGCGGCCGGGGGGCGGCGGGGGGAGCUCGGGGCGCGGGCUCGCCCCCUCCGCCCCAGGGCGACACUCCUCCGAGCGAGGGGUCCGCGCCCGGCUCCACCAGCCCGGACUCCCCCGGGGGCGCCAAAGGGGAGCCGCCCCCGGCGCCGGGGCCCGGCCGGGAGGGGACGGCGGGCCGGGGCGCGGGCCGGGCCCAGCACCUGACGCCCGCCGCGCUGCUCUACCGGGCCGCGGUGACGCGGAGCCAGAAGCGGGGCAUCUCUUCCGAGGAGGAGGAAGGCGAGGUGGACAGCGAGGUGGAGCUGCCGCCCAGCCAGAGGUGGCCUCAGGGCCCCAACAUGCGCCAGUCGCUGUCCACCUUCAGCUCGGAGAACCCGUCGGACGUGGAGGAGGGCACGGCCAGCGAGCCCUCCCCCAGCGGCACGCCGGAGGUCGGCAGCACCAACACCGACGAGCGGCCGGAUGAGCGCUCCGAUGACAUGUGCUCGCAGGGCUCAGAGAUCCCGCUGGACCUGCCCGCCUCCGAGGUGGGCGCCGGCCGAGAGAGCGGGCCCCUGCCCGCGCAGCCCCAGGACCCCCUCAGAGCUGAGCAGGGACCCAAUCCUGAGGACUCAGACUGUGACAGCACCGAACUGGACAACUCCAACAGCAUCGAUGCCUUGCGGCCCCCAGCCUCCCUUCCCCCAUGAAAGACACUCUUCUUCCCUGUACAUAGAGAAAUAUUUAUAUAAAUAAUAUAUAUGCGCCACAUAAUCAACAGAUAGACGGGGCUUUCUAAGCCUUGAGUCAGGCUCGAGAGGGAAGGACCCCGACCGGUACCGAGUGCGUUCUAGGGACACUGGCAGCUGCGGAAAUGACCGACUCAAAGUCCCGCCCUAGAGCUAUGAGGAAAGGAAACCGGCCCCUUCCUGCUUCACCCCAUUCCUUAUGUUCAACAAGUGAGUAGGCAAUAGAAACGCCAGGCCUGUCUACACUGCCCACCCCUGAACGCUGGGCGGCAGAAAGAGGAUCCACUUAAAACUGCACUUUUAUUUUCCGUUUACUGUUUACACAUUUUGCACUUGGGAGGAGGGAAACUAAGGCUGGGUCCUCCCCUCUGAGGUUUCUCAGGUGGCAAUGUAACCCAUUUCUUUGUUCCUGUUUCUCUGCCCAAGCCCUGGCUUAGGGCCCAGAGGCAAGUUAAAGACUGAUGGCAUGUGAUGGCUCAGGCUGAAGAACUGGGGUGCUGUUUAAGUCCCUGCUGCUACCCUGGUGCCUGGUAGGGGCGGGGACUGUCAUAUUGUAACCCUGUGAACAACCUUGAAAUAUAACCACCCCACGCAG